AUGGCUGACGAGUACGCAGACCUGAAGCAGAUGUUGCAGCAGCAGCUGAAGCUGAUGGAGGCUCUGACCGUCAAGCUAUCCAAUUCAUCUAUGGGCCAAUCAAGCGCGGCUGGUGGUUCACAAUCUGUUGAUCACAUUGCCGGCAGCAUCACUGAAUUCUUGUAUGACCCGCGGGCCCAUAUCACCUUUGAUUCCUGGUACAAGCGAUACGAG